AGAUGGCGACAGGAUAGUCAAUCAGCAACUGUAGAUAGACCGAGACACAGAGCUGGAGGGCCAUCAGAGUCGAACAAGGCUAAUAAGCAAAUGGCAGACGUGCAUCUCGUGGUGACACGGGAAUGCGAGAAUCCGCAUGGCGAUCUGAUCGAGGCGGGAAUCUGCUUCGUGUAUCUCAUCAGGCUCUUUUCUUUUGUGGGACCGGCCAACAGGGUUUCCAGCGUUGCGGUCCCUGUGGUGUUAGUUCCGGCUCAGACAGAGCUGGCUGGAUGUGUCGGCAUCUGUCACGCUGUCAGUGUGCAUGUGAAUGUGACGUACCGACCCAUGCUCCGAGUAGAGAAAAAUUCUACUGUACGUUGGAGGCCGGGCCGAAGGCUGCGCAGAAAUUGUUCGGAAUGCAAGAUCGCUCGGCCGAUGUGCACCAAAGGAGACGGAUGCAUGCUCCACGUGUGGAGGCGCUCCUGGCGUCCGCCUCAGCCUAAAACGAGAUGCACGCCAACGCCCCCAUACACGCGCUUGGAUGAGGAGCAGGAAGCCACAUGUGUUGGCCUUGCACAGCGCUGAAGACUCUGUGUAUCUCAAGACAGGUGCUCGUGCUGUCCGUGUGCUCGGCGGCUCUGGCGUUUCGAAAGCAGGCCUUGGCGGCAGAUCAGACGGGAGCGAGACGAGGACUGAUCAGAGUGAGGUCGCCGGCGUCUCGUGCGCGCCGGGAUU